AUGAUAAUGGGUGCUUCAUACCUCCGUGUGGUCGCGCAGAAGGAGUAUUCCGAGCAGCGCACGCUAGCGCCGCGGCUAACGGCGGCGUUGGAGGCGGUGAUUGGCCGCACGGAGCGCGAGGACCGCCACUUCCUCGCGCACGGCCGCUGGGACCCCGCGCCCACCUCACCCGCCUCCCCCGCAGCCUCCGCGCUUCCAGCGCCGUCUCCCAAACAGCCUGUGGCACAGCAAGGCGAGCGGCGUCUCCUCCUUCCGUGCGUGGAAGGUACUUUCUGUUCCUGCGAACGCGCCGUUUGUGUUGGCAAGUUGCGUCCAUUGGAUAAGCGCGUCUGUUCCUCUUCGUGUGCCGACGAGUGCAGGGGUGAUUCAGCACCGGUCUCCCGCUGCUUGGGAGCGCGGCGUUGUCGGACAACGACGAAACUCGCCUCCCUCCCAUGCCGCGUGUUGUUUGUCGUUUCAGCGUCCCUCGCGCUCUUCCCUCAAGCGAAGCCUCUAUCACCUCAGUCCGCCAGCGCCGCUCACUCCGCCUUCUCCCGCCGCGCCCUUCGCCAGAUCGCACCCGGCCGAGGCGUCCCUCGCAUCCCGCCGGCUGCCACGAGGAUCCCCCACGGCAGCAGCAGCAACAGCAGCAAGCGACAGAGCGCGGUGAGGGCGCGGACGGGCGGAGCACGGGGGGGAAUGGCGAAGAGGGAGACGCGAGAACAGGACCUUCAUGGCAUCGGCAGCGGCAGCAACAGCCCUGCCUUGCCUCUGCGCCCCUGCCUCCCUCACACACUGCCUAUGGCCAUGGCGCCUGUGCGCCCCGCUCUGCAUCCUGCCAGCACAGCAGUCCCCGCCUUGCCCGCCUUACCACCACAGCAUGCCGCACACGCCUUCCACUCGCUCCCUUCCAUGCCACCCCCGAUUUUCCAGGCGCAGCACAUGGCACCGCCAGUGCCCCAAGCGCAGCACGCGGCAGCUCCGGUGCCCCGAGCGCAGCACAAAGCACUGCCACAUGUGCUGAUGCCGCCACUGCGACAUCAAAGCCAGACGCACUGCGCCUCCAACCCAGCGGCAGUGCGCAGCACACUGGCACCGCGCCCUCAGCCCACGAGCAGAGGGAGCGCAUGCGUCGGAGCGGGUGCCGUGGUCGCGCCAGGAGCACUGCAGCAGUUCCCUCGCGCCCCCUCUCCCGCCCAGCCACUGAUCGCUGCCCCCUCACCACCGCUUCCCUCGCCGCUGCAAGGCGACCCCGCACCAGCAGAGCGGGCGCAGAGCGGAAUGAAGAGGCGGCUGCCGCAUGAUGCUGCAGCUGGGCGACUCCCCUCACCAUCCCUCCGCCCCCUAGCUCUCACUGCUCACAGUGCCUUGCCACCUGCUGCCCACGCAACUGCCGCUCCUGCCGCCCACGCACCUGCCGCCCACGCACCUGCCGCCCACGCACCUGCCGCCCACGCACCUGCCGCCCACGCACCUGUCACCCACGCAUCUGCCGCCCACGCACCUGCCGCCCACGCACCUGCCGGCCACGCACCUUCCGCCCACGCACCCGGCCUGCCGUCAUCAGCCUCAGGGUCGUCUGCGUGUUCCCCUUGCGAGCCCUCUCCCCGGACAGGCGUGGAUGGCUCUGCUCUGCCUCCGCCUCGCGCCAUGCUCUCCCCGUCCGCCCACCUCAUGCAGGCUCACCUUGACAGGUUGCACCUGGAGCAGGCUGUAUCUGCCACGCGCUUAUCUGUCAAAGGGACGCAGUAUGGGAGCCAAGCAGUGCCUGCAGCCCAGACUGGCGAGCAUGCAGGGCCGCCAGGCAGCCUCAUGGACCAUGUCGUGCGCCUGCUGCCCCGCUCCCACCCCCUUCAGACGUCUGCGCCAAUGGCAGCACACCACGUGGCAGCAGUGCACUCAGCAUCUGCACCUGCAGUGGGUGCAGGUUUGGCUUCGCCUGGGGGUUCCGUGGCAGGACACACUCUAGAGGCGAUUCAACUGGCCCUGCGACAACACUUGUCCGCCACCGGCCCUGCUGCCAGCCCCACAUCUCUCCCCACAGCCACGACGGUGCAUGCUAGAGAUCCCCCCAUAGCCGGCGCACCACUGGGAAGGACAGUUCCUGACACUGCAGCAACUGCACUCAACCUGGCCUCCUCAUCCAAUGUCUCCUCCUCCAUGUCUUUUCUGCGCCCUGCUUCUGGCCUCGCUAAUGACCAUCACAUCAGUCAGUAUGUGCCCGUUGGAUCUGCCACCGCAUCAGCCGCGGGCGAAACGCCUGUACCGCCUGCCACGUCACCAGGGACCGACAGGCGCACUGCAGCGCUGGGUGCGCUGGCGGUGCUGCCCGAUGAGGUGAUCGACAACAUCAUUGGACGGCUGGGAACGAAGGAUCUCAUGGCCGCCGCUUGCGUCAGCAGGCAAGCCCCUUUCUCCGCCCGUCGUCAAGCCCCCGUGCUGUACGUGUUCUGCAUGGAGGAGCCCACGUGGCUGGCGGAGUGCUUCCGCGAGUACAAGGGCGAGGUGCUGCGCUUCGACCGCUCGUGGCGCCAGACCGUUCUCAAUAAGUUGUCGGAGGAGAAGGGAGUGGAGUGCCGAGAUCUCAAGGAGCCGCUUCACUUCAAAGACUUCCAGUCCAUGUUUCUGUACCGGCGGUGGUACCGCUGCCACGUGAAGCUGGAGGCGUUUGAGGGCGACACGGGCCACGUGGAGCGCCGCGCUGGCCUCUCCCCUGACGAGUUCCGCCACUCCUACGACGGCCGCCGCCCCGUGAUCAUGACUGACCUGACGGAGAACUGGAGGAGAGCCACGUCACAGUGGAGCAUCGACAGCCUGGCGGAGGAGCACGGUGACGUGGCGCUGAAGGUGUCGGUGGCGAAUGGGCACACGGUGCGCAUGAAGCUGAGCGACUACCGUGAAUACGUGGCGGCACAGCACGAUGAGGAGCCGCUCUACAUCUUUGAUCCAAAGUUCGGAGAGCAAGCACCAGCGCUAGUCACAGACUACUCGGUGCCGCCGCACUUCACGGAGGACGUGUUUGAAGCCAUGCCCGCGCUCAACCGCCCCAUGUACCGCUGGCUCGUCGCGGGCCCCCAGCGCUCGGGCGCGGGGUGGCACGUGGACCCCGCGCUCACCAGUGCCUGGAACACUCUGCUCGCGGGGAGAAAGCGAUGGGCGCUCUACCCGCCCGGGAAGGUGCCGCCAGGUGUCACGUUACGAGUGGAUGAUGACUCGGGCGAUGUGGAUUACGAUGGGCCCACGUCGCUCAAGUGGUGGCUGGAGGUGUAUCCUCUCCUGCGCCCGGAGGACAAACCAAUGGAAGUCAUGCAGCGACCAGGCGAGACCAUCUACGUGCCGUCAGGGUGGUGGCACAGCGUGCUCAACCUCGACCUCACCGUCGCUGUCACGCAGAACUUCGCCUCUUCGGCCAACUUUGACUGCGUGUGCCUUGACAUGGUACCCGGGCGGCACAGGGGCGUGGCGCGCGCUGGGCGACUGGCGAUCGAGGCCGGGGAGAAGUGGGACGAGCGACUCAAGGCCAUGUAUGGGGAGGGCGAGGAGGAGGAGGAUGAGGAUGAGUGGGAGGAGGUGGAGGACGGCGAGGAGGUGGAAGGGAGUGAGGAGGGGGAAGAGGAGGGGGAAGAGGAGGGGGGGGAAGGGGAGAGCGAGGGGGAGGAGGGGGAGGGGGGCACGUGGAAUGGCAUGCAGGGGCGGCUGUCAGCGUUGGCAGCGCAGCAGUUUCUGAGCGAGGGGGGCAACGAGGGGUGGUCCAUGCCUGAGAUCCGUAUCCUGCUGCGCUCGCUCUGGCCCGCCCAGCCCCAGCUUCAGGAUCGCAUUUGGAAGGUGCGGCUCGCUGCACUGCCGUGCUGCCAUGCUGCCAUUCUGCCUAACGCGUGUCUGUGCAUGGAUGCUGCCACGUGGCACAGGCGUGUGGUCACAGUGUGCCAGGCACACGGCCUGCCCGCCCCCAACGGCCUGGACGCCCUCCCCCUCGGAUCCGGAUCCAAUGCUGUAUACAUGGUGGGGCAGCACGUGGUGAAGCUGUAUCUGCCCAUGGGCUCUCACGAUGAGUCUGCCGCCACCUUCCUCGCCAAGGAGUUGGCCUUCUACCGCGAGCUCCACGCGUCCCAGUCACCCCUGCUGCCCUGCAUUCCGCCCCUCGUGGCCUCGGGCCUGCUCUUCUCAUCCGGGGUUGUGGACAAGAGCGAGGAGGAGAAUGGUGCGAAGGGGCGGGAAGGAAAGGACGGGGCGGGGGGAAAGAAGGACGUGCAGGCGAAUGGGGUGGGGAGCAACGGGCGGAGUGCAGAGGGCGAGGGCGGAGAGGCAGGGGCGGAAGGGGCGGAAGGGGCGGAAGGGGAGAAGCAGCAGGAGGGGUACCCGUUUGAGGUGAGCAUAGCACCGCAAGAGGAGCAGCUGGUCGCAGCACAGUGGGACGGGCUGACCGAGCACCGGCCUGUGAACCCCUUCGAGGAGGCACAGGGGGCUGUGGCGCGAGGGCGGGCGGGGAAGAAGGGGAAGAGCGGCAAGGGGAAGGAGGAGGGGAGGGAUAGGCGGACCCCGGCGUAUCGACGGCGCGCCAAGAAGAAGGCUGAGGAGAGGCGCCGGCGCAGGGAGCUGGCUAAAGGGAAGAAGGGGAAGGACGGUGGGGUGGGAGUGGGGGUGGGAGAGAAGGGGGAAACAGAGCAAGGGGAAGGGGAGGAAUACGAUGAGGAGGAGGAGGAGGAGGAAGAGGAGGAGGGGGAGGAGGAGGGAGUGUGGCCGUACAUCAUCACGGGGCGGUGCCCUGGACCUCUUCCAGUGAACACAGAUCCUUACAUGCACAUUGCUGUCCCCGUCACAGUCCCCCUCUUCGCCCAUCCCAUUCCUCCCUCUCCCCACCCACCUCUUUCCCUCCCCUCUCACCCCCUCAUCCCUCCUGCCAUUCACCCCAGUGCGGACCUAGCAACACCAGCGGACAGGCAGGCUCUGGCGGACUUCUUUGCGGCGUGCCUCUCCCACCUGCACUCGCUGCCGCUGCCCGCCUCCCCGCUCUCCCCGCCGUCCCGCAAGGCCAAGAGCAAGAGCAAGGAGGAGAAGGCAGGGGCGCAGGGCGCAGCAGGGGAGGCGGUUCAAGCGAAUGGGACUGCAAAGGAGGGGGUGGGGAACGGGGCGGUGGAGAGUGGUGGGAAGGAGGAGGAGCAGGAGGAGGAGGUGGUGGUGAGUGAGGAGUGGAGGCCGUUUGCAGAGAUGAUGCGCGAGCACAGCAAGUACAUCAAGGAGCGACUCCAAGACAUCGCCCUCCAUGCGUCUCACCCACCUCUCUCCCUUGCUGCACCCCUCUCACACCACAGGGGCAGCCUCCCCCCACACCUGGUGAAGCAGGCAGUGGCCUAUCUGCCCAAGGACCCCGCAUUGCUCUUCCAAGGCCUUGAGCGCCCGUCAUGGCUACACACGGACAUCAUGAGUGACAACGUGCUGCUGGCUGCCGCCUCGCCCGCUGCCACGCCCGUCAUCGAGGAGUUUGUUGCGCGCGGCAAGGACGGCGCGGAGAAGAGCAACGGCGAGAAGCCAGGUGCAGGCGAGGGGGGUGGAGAGAAGGAGGUGGCAGCUGAGGGGGAGCGGGUGCUGCAGCCGUCUUCCAUCAUCGACUUUGGCACCCUCAUUCUCGGUGACCCGCUGUACGACCUGGUGAUGCUGCAUGUGAGUGCACAGCGCUGCAACAAGGCCGACCUCGCCAGGCUGUUCUCCACCUACAAGCCGCCACGGCCAGUGCAGGGAGCCGGAGCAAACUUCACCCUGUCCUAUCGUGCCAUGUGUUACACUCUGCUGAACCAGAACGAUGCGCUCAGUCGUGUGUUCCGCUAUCGCAAGGAGCUUUCUGACGUGAAGACCUUGGAGGAAAUCGCCACUGCAGUGUGGGGCCAGCUGGAUGAGUUGGUUUAA